UUAAUUUUUACAAGAAUCUUAAUGAGUCUGGACUGUUGGUCAUGCUUAGUAGAUCAUUGUAUAUUUUCUUCUGCCUUCUGGAGUAAAGCAGGUUCUAACAUGCCAGUUUUUGCAUCUGUUCAUGCACAAUAAUCAUCUGGUUUUUACUUCACAUGUAUUAAGGUUAUGCAUGUUUAGCAAUCCACUGUAACUUAAUUAGUUUUAAAUAAGGUGGGGUAACUGCUAAGUGACUGAGUAGACUUCAGUUAAAAUUCAGAAUGUGGUUCUUUAUCCAGCUGAAGAUAAGGAGAUGAAAGUGCAGUGCAAGAUGUCUUUCUUUGUUGGAAAAGCUUAGUGGGGAAGAAGUAUAGGGAUAGGAGAAGCAGAAGAAUUGCUUUAUUCUGAUAGCUUUGGGUUCAAACUCUUGUGUUUUAAUCUGCAUUUAGAGCUAGGGAUUCUCAAAUUUCUCAAAAUCAAACUGCUAAAUCUUCUAAUCUAUCAUCUCAUCUUCUUUGCUCUCUUAAUUUUCUUGUUUUUGCCCAUGGGUUUGCUUUUCUUGCUGUACAUUCUUUUUUCUGGCUGAGAGCAGACAAUGAAAGUUGAAGUCCCUGCUGUGACUCAGAUGCUGCACUUAUACUGCUUAACAGGUGAUAGUCUGAGAAAUGGACAAUUUUGGCUUUAGAAAGAUUCUGUAUCAGGUGAGAUGAAAUUGUUCAUCAGAGGAUGAAUCCAUUAUGCAAUCUUGCUGUCAACAAAAGCACAAAGGAAGACAGUUAAUCUCUGCCACUUUUUUGUUACUUUGCUUCUGAAGGGUCACUAACAUUCUGCACAGAUUAUGAGAAUCAUCAAACUACUUUUCUUAAGAGGAAACUAAUCUCUCACAUCCAUCUGAAGUGACUGGCAGGAUAUGUCCCAGAUUAUAUUAUCCUUACAUAAGUUCAUAGUGAUGUAUGUUACUUGUACUAGUAGCUUGAUGAAGUCAAGUGUUUAAGCAGUGGUACUAUCCAUGAAACAGGAAACAGUUUGGGGGAAACAGAUACAGCUAUCUAAUGAAGGAAAUAAACUUCACUUUUAGAAUUCAUCCAUCAUAAAUGGGGAUGGAAGAAUUAGCAAGAAUCCAUUUUUGUGAUUUUGUUUUUAUUUAAUGCUAGUCUACACAGUGGUGGCAUUUAGAUUUGAUCAGAACAACUGAAGCACUAAGAAUCCUGCUUCUGCUGAAGGUGUGAGGAAUAUCUUAGUCACCUAUUAGGCACUCAAAAAUACACCCACAACCUUUGAUAGAUAUGUUAAUGUACUGUUGCGUCUGUUGUAUAAUUCACUUUUUUUGGAACUCUAAAAAGUAAUUGAACAGAAAUUCUGAAAACAGCUAAUGGAAUCAUUGUGUUCUUCACUUUGAGGUGCAUUAAAUGUCUCUCUUCUAAGUCUUUCCCUCUUAAAGCUUAUUCUUUGGCGUAGUUUCGUUUUGUGGAUAUAUAUAUAUAUUUAAUUUGUGCCCUUUAUAUUCAACUUUGUGGGUUCAGGUAAGAUUAUUUUUCAUUCCCCUGCUUGAGACUUCUUCUAUAUACUAAGACUGAGAACUGAAACUGAGAUGCUGCGUAUGAGGAGAAUUAUGCUAAGAAUUUAAUUUAAAAGAGCAUUUUCUUUUGCAAUGUUUAAGCAGUUGGAGGAUUUCAGCAGCACUUCCUUACUGGUGGCGCUUCAUUGCAACUAUUCACCUUCCUUGAAAGGAAUUGUGAGGCAUUUUCUUCUUUACAAUAGAAAUCCAUUCUGUUAACUAUAUUGUGAAACCAAUAGUUGUAUUAAUAUCUGAUCUAUCAGUGGCUCACAGUGUGAAAUUAGGCAAAUAAUUGAGACUCCUUGUAUUUCUGUUAAGUUUGGAAAAUAAGAAUGGUGAUUGUUUUAUUUAAAGUACCCUAGUACCAAAGUGCAAUGCAGACAAGAGUAUGAAAACAACUGUGUACUUAAGUGCCUUUGCAGUUGGUAAAGUUUGCCUCUAAUAUUCUAGGCAAUUUGAUGGCUAUUUGUGACUCAUAGCAUGUUCUUUAUCUACAAUAAAACUGCAUUGUAGGGUUGUGUUUUUAAAUAAAUUUAAUACCAUGUAAACGUUAUCAACAAUGUACCAAAAAGGGCCAUGGUUUGGCUUCUCCUAUCUUGUUUUUUGUUCAUUUUUUUGUCUAUCUAUGUACCAGUCAGAGGGGCGCAAUUCCACUGUGACCUUCUUUUUUUGAUUUAAUAAAAUGAAACUCAAGUGAGUUAUUAUUUGAUGAAAUUGGCAGAUGGAUAUGUAGAUGUUUGGUUUGGAACUAGGUGUGGGUGUAGUGUUUCUUACAUGUACUGGCAGUCAAAGUCCUUACUGUGUGCCAAUUAAGAAAGAGGAAAAAAAUCCAUUUAAGAGAUUGUUCACCUACCAAUAACAGAUAUAACAAACACUUGAGGGUAGGAAAGAGUAGCAGGAUAUCCAUUUGUAUCAACUGGAAAGCCUUGUCAGAAGUGGUCCAUUCAGACAAUUUUAAUUCCUGCUUGGGAUUUCAGUUGUAGUCAGCUUGAUGAUUAGAAUAUACAUUUAACAAAUAUUGUAACUAGUAUUAUUUAUAGCAAUUUGUUGCAUAUUAAAAGUAGAUGUUCAGGAGUCCAAAGCAUGUAUAAACACAAGAGACACUAUAGCUGGUUGUAAAACCCCCUAUUGACUUCAGGAGGUCUUGGUAGUUUGUCCACAAGUUCAGCCGGAGGCAAGUCUUGCUCUGUGCAGUUUCCAUGUUCAAAAAAAACAAAACAAAACAAAACAAAAAAAAAACCACCAAAAACCAAAAAACAACACAAUCCCACUUUGACUGUAAUGUGUUAUUGGUUUUUAGAUUUAGAUCCAGUUCAUCUAAUAAAAGUAGUUGCUUUCAAUAAAAAUUUAUCAAAGUGAGGCUGCAGUGCUUUUGAUAGACUUUUUGGGGAAAGCUUAGCUGGGUUUAUCACUGUGUUAUGAUUAUGGCUUGUUUUUUGUCACCUGCUUAUUAGUUAGAUAUUAAUAUUUGGUUUUUUUCUGUUUUGCCUUGGGACAUGAUUCUCGAAGUCUGUAAAUGUCUGCCCUCUUGCAGCAGCUCCUCCUUGACCCUUGCAGCUAAGUCUGGAAUUUGUAGCUUGGGUGAACUGAGUUAGACUGCAAUUGCGUAUAUGCAUUAUGCAGAAAAGUUCCACAGAAAAUUGAAGUUGCUCAUGAAUUUAAGACUGGUCAAGGAAAAAUUAUGUAUUGUUCUGUUACUUAGGCAGUAUGCUAUCCUGCAUGGUUUCUGAAUGGGGCUGAAGUUUAGCAGAAGGAACUCGUGUUAUGUUUGGCAUUACUGAGUGGGUACAUCCAGGAAAGUUUCCUUAGAGCAGUCUGAGCUCAUCCAAGAUUGGAAUGUAGGUGGAAGCCCCUGAGUUAAGAACUGAGGUAGGGGUUGGACUGUGACAUGUACUGAGAGAAUUUGUUUCUAAUUUUUUUUGUCACCAGAUAGGCUUUUAGGAAGCUUAGUAUUUAUUUAGGGAAUUUUGUAAUGUAACUUGUUCUAACAAUUUAUCGGUGUAAAGAUAUAGUUAUGCUAUAGAUGUUUCUUCUUUCUUUAUAAUGUCCUCUUGUAAAGGAACUGAUAAUAGCACUAUCUAUAGUGACACAUUUUGAAAUCCAGAAAAGAACACCAUCUUCUUAUCUGAUCUUCUGUUAUCGGUGCUGGUUAUAUUUAAUAUCUUGGAUUUCCUUCUGCACACAGUCCAGUAAUGAGUUUAUCUAAAAUCUAUUUUGUAUCAACUGCUAUUUCAAAACUAAAAAAUAAAGAAUCUAUCCUGUCUUGACUGUUCCAGCAGUCUUAUUUCUGAGAGAAAUAGAAAAAUGUAUUUUAAACAGGUACUUAUGAUUUUAAUCUUCAGCACUGUAUUUGAAUUCUUAUUUGUUUUUCAUUAUAUUAUUUUCAUGAAUUUGUCAGGUAGUCUGCUGUUGCUUUUUGAAUUAGUGGGGCACAAUUCUCAUGCUCUUACUUCCUGCAAUUUCCUUAAUGUUUUUGUCAGGAUUUAAUGUCAAAAAUCAUGAUAGUUCUGUCUGUAACUUCAGAGCUGAGGAAAACACAUGGUAUGUGUAUAAACUGCUCCCUAUAUUUAUCUUAUUCAGAAACACUUAUUUCUUCCUUUAGAAGCAAAGCAAACAAUUAAGUUGGAGUAAUCUUACUCAGAUGAGAGUUCUGUAAAAAUGAUGCAUAUUAUAAGCACUGGUUUCUUCUAUAGAACAAAAGAAAAAAAUGUUUGCUGCUUUUAUAUUCCACAAGGGAACACAGAGUAUUUGAUAUGUUACAUUGGUAAAAUGUGGCUGUCUUCAUUAGAUUUGUUAUUAUCCUUUAUUUUAAACAAGUUGCUCAUUUUCAUCAUUUUUGUGGAAUUUCCACUAGUGGCACACUUUACAACGAACCUUUGUUUACUUUCAGAGUCCUGUGUUGUUUUUUUUAAUUUUUUUUGCUUCCAACUUUUUUUUUUUCCUGACAAUCUGUGUUUAUAGAGAUAACGUGAUCUUGGCAAAGCUUGUAGUGCUGUAUCUUUGCAAAAGCUGGCUGGUAUUUCAGAUAACGAAUGAGUGGAGGACUCUCAGGCCACUGAUGAUUAAAGAAGCAUUAAGUAAACUAUCGUGCAAGUACAUUUUCCUGAAUUAUAAAGAUAAAAUGUCAGUGUUGUUAUCAUAAAUGAUUCAAUAUUAUAAAGCAAUUAAUAGGAUUUUAAAAAAGAACACUUUUUUUUAACUGUGCUGGAACCCUUCUAUAAAAGAAUAACAGAAAAUGCCAUAUUUAUAUAUGUAAUAAUUGAACUCUUAAGUCACUCACUAUUUAAGAAGCUUUUGAAUUCGUUGAUACAGGCUUGGGAGUUUUAGCAUUAGUUAAACUGCCAUUUACCAAAAUCAGUUCUUUUCAAGUAUUUCUUUGGCAUUGCCUUGUAUGAUAUUGCUACUUGAAUUUUUUAGAGGGUCUUUUUUGUAUGUGUUUUUUAUCACAUUAAGUAACCAGCCCCUAAUUCUCUAAUAAUUCAUAUGAUCUAGUUUGUGCUUCGUGACUGUUUGUAGUCUCAUUGAAUUCAUUUAAGAUCAAGGAGGUUGUAAGUAAGAAAGUAUUACUGUGGUUUCCUUUUAGUUUUGUUUUCUAGGACAGCUGAGGUCUUCAGUAAGGUUUUUACUUGCUCGGACAGUAAUAUAGAAGAGUUAAAUACAAAUAUAUAGCAUCUUGUAUUGGGAUUAAAUUUUCUGAAAUCAAAAGUCAGACUUAAACACCUGUAAAUAAAGUCAGUGUUUCAAGUUAGUGGAGCUUAUACAUAAAGGCUUAGUUUUGUUUUGUUUAAAUAAUUUUAAGCACCUAAAAAAAAAAAAAAAAAAAAGAAAAAAAAGAGUAAUGCAUCCAAACAAAAGAGGAAAAAAAAAAACCACCCACUCACACUUUAAGGAAUUUGUACAUGAAAUUUGCAUUACAUGUUUGUAUGUAAUUUCUAAACUGAAGCAAUUAAGGAAAGCUGUAAAAGCAGGGAGGGCUGAAGAUGAGGGUGCAAAGGAGACAGUAGAAUCUAUACCUUUUGGCUGUUCUGUAGAGAUUGCUGAUUCACUCUGACUUAAGUGUUAUCCUGUUUACUUUCUGACAGUUGCCUUGGCAAAGUGCUAAUUUGGUGAAAUGCACAUUUUCAGAUUCUCUUCAGCUGUUGUAAAAGCUGGGAUAGAAGUACAGGGUGAUUUCAUUCACCUAGAUGUUUCGUACUGCUGGCAAUUAUCUCAGUUUUACUUGUCUUCCUGCCCUCGACCCCCCAGUUUUAACUGAAAAAUGUUAGAGAAGUUGAGGUUGUGUUCUUCAAGCAGUAUAUUAUGCAAUGCUUUUGUCCAAGUCAACUUUACACUUUGCUUGGUCCAGUUGUGAAAAUUGAAAGAGGAAAGAAACCAAAAAUCACAGAACUGAGAACAGCUGGAGGUGUAUCUUAUAAAAAUAAUUCAGUGAAAAACAUGGUUCAUAUAUUUAUUUUCUCUUUUUGUAGCAGAAAAGCUGACUGAGGUUGUGAUGAUAUUUUUCCAUGGUGCCCCACCCUGUAUGGUGAAGUGUGAAGAUACAUUAUGUUCUACCAUUGCCUCUGUGCCUCCUUUGUCUGACCUCCUGUGGAUACCAACAGCAAGUGGGUGACCUUUGAUAUGCUCAUUUAAAAGGCAAAUGUUCUGAACAGAAACAAAAGGAAAACAAUGGCCUGUCUUACAAUGGCAAAUAUAGAAGGCACAGCAACUGCCACUGUCCACCAGAAUGGUGACAUCCUUGGGAAUACUAGUGCACCUAAGCAGACAGAGCCAUUGCUUCAAGUGUACCUUUAUUAUUCACCUGUGAAGACAGGAGGAGAUUAUCUUCAAUUUCCAGCUGGAGAAUACAUCGCAGAAGAGAUUUGCACUGUUGCCUGCAAAGCGUGUGGUAUCAUGCCAGUGUAUCAUAACAUGUUUGCACUCAUGAGUGAAACAGAUAGAGUUUGGUAUCCUCCGAAUCACAUUUUUCACGUAGAUGAAGCAACCAGAAUAAUGCUACUGUACCGGAUAAGGUUUUAUUUUCCCCACUGGUAUUGCAAUGGCACAAGCAGAGCAUAUCGCUAUGGCAUUAUUCGGGGCUCAGAAAGCCCUGUUCUUGAUGAUCUUGUCAUGUCUUACCUAUUUGCACAGUGGCGAGAUGAUUUUUUGGGUGGAUGGAUACAGAUGCCUGUUACUCAUGAAACGCAGGAAGAAUGCCUGGGAAUGGCUGUUCUGGAUAUGAUGAGGGUGGCCAAGGAAAAGGACCAAACCCCACUGGCUGUUUACAAUUCAGUCAGCUACAAAAUGUUUCUGCCUAAAUGUGUGCGAGCAAAGAUCCAAGAAUACCACAUUUUGACCCGAAAGAGAAUAAGGUACAGGUUCCGUAAAUUCAUACAGCAGUUCAGUCAGUGCAAAGCUACUGCCAGGAACUUGAAACUUAAGUAUCUCAUAAAUUUGGAAACCCUUCAGUCUGCCUUCUAUUCAGAGGUUUUUGAAGUAAAAGAACCUGGUGGAGAUCCUUCUGGAGAAGAAAGUUUUGCAACUAUUGUAAUAACUGGAAAUGGUGGAAUUCAGUGCUCAAGAGGAAAACUUAAAAACUGUGAGACACUGGCAGAGCAGGAGUUACAAACAUAUUGUGAUUUUCCUGAUAUCAUUGAUGUGAGCAUUAAACAAGCAAGUCAAGAAGGUUCCAGUGAGAGGAGAAUUGUCACCAUUCACAAACAAGACAGCAAGAAUCUGGAGGCUGAAUUUCAGUCUUUAAGAGAAGCUCUCUCCUUUGUAUCGUUAAUUGAUGGAUAUUACAGAUUAACUGCAGAUGCCCACCAUUAUCUCUGCAAAGAAGUAGCACCACCAUCAGUGCUUGAAAAUAUACAAAGCAAUUGCCAUGGACCAAUUUUCAUGGACUUUGCUAUCAAUAAACUGAAGAAGGCAGGUAAUCAGACUGGCUUCUACGUUCUUCGUUGCAGUCCUAAAGAUUUUAAAAAAUACUUCCUCACAUUUGCUAUUGAGCGUGAGAAUGUCACUGACUAUAAACACUGCUUAAUUACGAAGAAUGAAAAUGGGGAAUAUAAUCUUAGUGGAACCAAGAGAAGUUUUGGUAAUCUUAAGGAUCUAUUGACCUGUUAUCAGACAGAAACUGUCCGCUCAGACAGCAUCAUUUUCCAGUUCAUCAAGUGCUGUCCUCCAAAACCAAAAGAUAAAUCAAACCUCCUUGUCUUUAGAAGCAAUAGCGUCUCUGACGUGCCUUCAUCACCAAUGUUGCAGAGGCACAAUGUUAGCCAGAUGGUCUUUCACAAAAUCCGGAAUGAGGACUUGAUUUUUGAAGAGAGUCUUGGACAGGGCACAUUUACAAAGAUUUUCAAAGGUAUAAGGAAAGAAGUGGGAGACUAUGGCCAGCUCCAUCAAACUGAAGUUCUUUUAAAGGUUCUGGAUAAAGUGCAUAGAAACUACUCUGAGUCCUUCUUUGAGGCAGCAAGUAUGAUGAGCCAGCUUUCUUACAAACAUUUGGUAUUAAAUUAUGGAGUCUGUGUGUGUGGAGAGGAGAAUAUCCUUGUACAAGAAUAUGUGAAAUUUGGAUCUUUGGACACAUAUUUGAAAAAGAACAAAAACAUUAUUAAUAUAUUGUGGAAACUGGAAGUUGCCAAACAGCUGGCAUUAGCCAUGCAUUUCCUGGAGGAUAAAGGCCUUGUUCAUGGGAAUGUCUGUGCAAAGAACAUCUUGCUUAUUAGGGAGGAGGAUAGGAAGUCUGGAAGCCUUCCUUUUAUAAAGCUAAGUGAUCCUGGCAUCAGUAUCACAGUUUUGCCAAGAGACAUUCUUCUUGAGAGAAUACCAUGGGUUCCACCUGAAUGUAUAGAGAACCCCAAACAACUAAGCCUAGCUACGGAUAAGUGGAGUUUUGGUACCACUUUAUGGGAAAUUUGCAGUGGAGGAGAUAAACCACUGAGCGCUCUCGAUUCUUCAAGAAAACUACAGUUUUAUGAAGAUAGACACCAACUUCCUGCCCCCAACUGGACAGAGCUAGCAAAUCUUAUAAACAAUUGUAUGGAUUAUGAGCCAGAUUUCAGGCCAUCAUUUAGGGCAAUUAUACGUGACUUGAAUAGUUUGUUCACUCCUGAUUAUGAGUUAUUGACAGAAAAUGAUAUGUUGCCAAAUAUACGAACUGGAGCUCUUGGAUUUUCUGGAGCCUUUGAAGAUCGGGACCCUACACAAUUUGAAGAAAGACAUCUCAAGUUUUUACAGCAACUUGGCAAGGGAAACUUUGGCAGUGUUGAGAUGUGCCGGUAUGAUCCCCUACAGGAUAAUACUGGGGAGGUGGUGGCUGUGAAAAAGCUGCAACAUAGUACAGAGGAGCACCUUAGGGACUUUGAAAGAGAAAUUGAAAUACUUAAAUCUCUGCAGCAUGAUAACAUUGUUAAAUACAAAGGAGUUUGCUACAGUGCAGGUCGUAGGAAUCUGAGAUUAAUUAUGGAAUAUCUACCGUAUGGAAGCUUACGGGAUUAUCUGCAGAAACACAAAGAGAGAUUGGACCACAAAAAGCUUUUGCUGUAUGCUUCUCAGAUAUGCAAGGGCAUGGAGUAUCUGGGUACAAAAAGAUACGUUCACCGGGAUUUAGCAACAAGAAAUAUCUUAGUGGAGAAUGAGAACAGAGUUAAAAUUGGAGAUUUUGGAUUGACUAAAGUCUUGCCACAAGAUAAGGAGUACUACAAAGUGAAAGAACCUGGUGAAAGCCCUAUAUUUUGGUAUGCUCCAGAGUCUCUGACAGAAAGCAAAUUUUCUGUGGCUUCAGAUGUAUGGAGUUUUGGUGUGGUCUUGUAUGAACUCUUCACUUACAUUGAAAAGAGCAAAAGUCCACCAGCUGAAUUCAUGCGCAUGAUUGGUAAUGAUAAACAAGGGCAGAUGAUUGUAUUUCAUUUGAUAGAGCUUUUGAAGAACAAUGGACGACUUCCAAGACCAGAUGGAUGUCCUGAUGAGAUUUAUGCUAUCAUGAAAGAAUGUUGGAACAAUAAUGUUACUCAGCGGCCCACCUUUAGGGAUCUUGCUCAGCGAGUGGAUCAAAUAAGGGACAACAUGGGUGGAUGAGGAAACUGUCCCUGCUUAAGAGCAUAUAUUAGGAUGCAGAACAAAACGUACUUGGUUUGCUGUGUAUGUAUAAUUGACAUAUUUGCACAUGUGCAUCUUUGCUAGGAGUAAAAUCUGCAUGGCAAGUAUCUUAUAUGAAUCUGCAAACUUGAGGAAUCCUGCUGGUUUUCUUGAUCAGGAUAUAUUUGUUACUAUGAGAACAUGUUGAAAUUCUCAAUUCGGAAAGAAAUUAUUUUUCUAAAUUGAAUAAUAUAAUAUAUGGUCGGUCUACAACACCAUUAUUUGCCUUAUUUGGCAAUGCAAAAAAGAGGUGACAAAAUAUGGUGAGAUUAAGAAAUGAUAAGACUAUUUCCCUGUUGAAAUGGAGAUACAUAGAAAAGACAUGUAGUCUUUCCACUGUGAAUAUAUAGUGAGUGACUGCACACCAUGUUUUUUUGUGUUGCACAAGGGCUUUGUUUUGUUAAUGUGCUUUUGUAACUUUUCACUGUUGCUGCAGAAGUGGCUUCUCUGUAUAUCAAAAUGGAAUUGGUUAUGUAAUCCACAACUUUUAAUGUGCCUGUCUGAAUCAAUGAUCAGUCAGCAGUAUAUGCAAAGAAACAUAGGCUAUGUGAUAUACUGUAAGUAUUUCUAGGGGAAGAAAAAGGAAGUGAAUCGUUUGUAAUUUGGACAGUCAGAUAACUCACCUGUGUGAGAAUUGUAAUUUAAAAUGGAAAAAAAAACUUAAUUUUUUUUUUCAUAUUCUUUUCCUGUAAGCAUUAGAUUCCCUUUACAUGUUUGAGGAUACAGUGAUAGCAAGUAGAACUGAAGACACUUUGUAUAAGACUGUCCUCAGAUUGUUUCUGAAUAUGAAAAAGCCAAACGUACUGCUUCUGAAUGUUGCUCUUUUACUCUUUCCAGCUUUGUAUUUUUUAUGCUGUCCUCAGUGUACCUGUAAAUUGGAAACUUCCUAAAAACAGAAUUAAAAAUAUAGAAAAUGCCCUUCAAUUCCUUGCUUUGUUAUGAUCAUGAUCUUGUAUGUUCCUUCCAGUACGCUAAAAAGAAGGUUUAUUGCUCAGUGUAUGAUAUGGUCAGUCACUACUCAAAGUCAUUGAGUUGACUUUGGGCCAAUUCAUUUUAAAAAUCUCUUUUUUUUUUUUUUUUCCUGUUUUAAGACCUAGCCUGUGACCAUUUGGAAGGAGGAAAGUAUAAGUGCAGUUGCUUCACAUUUAGCUAAAGGCAAGAACAUGAUCCUAGUUAAUGAGAACUGGAAGGAGGUCGAAGUUACCUGAACAGAUUACUAUGUGUAAUUCCACUUCUGAAGCAAAUCUAACAAAUUUGUGGACAAGGCAACUAAUAGGUUUUGCCUCCAAGCAUGAAACUUGAGAAUAAUCUUGUAUCUUAAAGCAGAGAAGGUUUCAGGCUUUUGUUUAUUUAAAUUCAAAUGAUCUGGUUAUUUUUACAUAUUCUUAGAUGUUGUUUGUAAAGUACAAUGCUUGUUGUUCUUGAACUUUUGCUGAGGUUCAAUUAAGGCUACAAAAGCUCACAAACCCUUAAAAUCCAUACGUGUAUUUAAAGUGAAAUGUUCGUUUUUGAAAUUUGUGGCAGUGAAUUUGUGGAAUAGAAGGAAUACUUUGUUGUGAGGCCUCAUUAAAUUCAUGAUUAAUUACAUCUAUUUACUCAGAAGCUUAAGUGACUAUAAUUAAAAAGUAGGAAUUUCUUGCUCAGUGUAACAUAGUGCCAGUAUAGCAAUGUUUUGUACCACUGUGAUCUUUCUUUCCCACAAUUGCUCAUUCAAAAUUGUGAUUUUAUAAUAUGGGAGAUUGCUAAGUAGGGAUGGUAGCAUCAGCCCUCUUUCUGCCCCUUGCAUUUAAUAAAAAUUUUGUUGGGUUUUCUUCCUAUGAAACUCUUUCACAGAACCGUCAAACUGAUUUUUGCCAGCAGUUUACAAGCUGCAAAGAACUUUAGAGUACUCCUAUAUAUGUGUUUUCUCUGUUUCUGUAUGCUGCUUUUAAGACAAUGUAGAAGUUUCAGGCAAGGAACACCUUUGCAUUUGUACUCAGUUACGUGUACGUGUUUUUUGUAGCAAAAGAAGAUAAAGCUUUAAAGCAUCGAAGCAGCAUUUUAGCUGGGGGUAAUGUAUGCAGGAACCAUGUAAAAUUUGCAGUGUGUGGCAGUUGAUAGCUAACUAGUUUCCAAUAUAUAGUAGACUAAACAUAAUUUAUGUAAAAAUCUCAGGGAAGUUUGUGUAAUGCAAUGAAGAGAUCUUCCAGUCUGCUAUUUUUUCAAGUGAAUAAAAAGUCUUGCUUGUUCUACUACCGUAUAAUUGAUUACAUAGUCUGUUUGAUUGCUUAAAUAUAGUGUGGAAUGCAAGGAUAGUUUUUUAAGUUUUGUGGACUUUUUACUUCAGUACUUUAUAAUUUUUAGAGAAAGCCAUAUCCUUACACUGCAGUAUAAUUUUGUGCUGUUGGUCAGGAGCAUAUGUAAUCAAUUGUACCAAGUCGGUCUGUGCAAAGGGCUUGAUCAUCCAGGAUAAGUAUUCUUAACUGGAUGAAUAGGACCAAGUAGUGCUUAAGACUCAGGGGAUGUGUGUGAUCAUCUGCAGUGUCAAUGUUUAGGUCUUGGAGCAGACAGAAUCAUGGUUUUCUCAAAAAGCUGUAAAGGAUGUAAAUGCAAUGAUUUGUUGAAUUUGCUAAUGCCAUGUGUAGUAUCCUUUUUUUAAAAAUAAAAUGAAAUUUACAAAAAAAAACACACAAAAACCCACAAAAACUGCAUUUCAAGAGCAAAUCUAUUGUAGAUUUGUAGAAUGCCAUAUUUUUAUAUAGUAUUUUUAUUAACAGAAUCAUAUUUUUAUUUUUGAAACUUUAUUCAGUUGGCAUUGCAUUUGUCACACUUUAGUGUAGUCAAUAUGCCACCCAAAAUGCUGUGAUUUAUUGUAGAAGUGCUGUUUUUAUGCAUACAUGACUGCUGCUAUGACGUAGAAUUAAGAUACUAACUACCGCUUUGCACUUGUUUUAAGUGAAAGGAUUUUCCUGUAAGUGCACAGUGUAUCUUAAAAAAAAAAAAAAAAAAAAAA